AUGCUGGAAUGGAUCUUAGUGCAAAGGUUCUCCCAAAAGGGCUCAACGGAUUAUCAACACUUUGCACUUGACCCCAGUUUCAAUACCCCCUGGAUUCGAUUUCAACACCCUGCCCCCAUGAAUCUCUGUGCUGCUGUUGUGCUUUGCAUUGUGUCUGGGCUUUGCAGUCUGGUUUCACAUGCCCAGGAAGGUUCGGACCUUUGCCCCCACUGUGAAAAAGCAUUUGGCAAACUCUGCACACCAGAACAAGUGAAUUGGUUUGGCCUCUCAGAUGAAGGUGAAUGUGGCUGCAAGUUUAUUGUAUCUGGGAAGACCUGUAAGAACAUUGUUGCCAAGGAAAAUUUUAUAUGUCCAAAUUGUUGGACAGUCUACCGUGUAAACCCAGGAUAUACAAUCAGAAAUCAAGGACGGCCAUGUAAUCACCCUGUAAGGGAAAUAAUCUACCUAUACAAAGGUGGCAUUCCUGUGCAAGCCUCUUCAGACCAGGGCCCUUCUGUACCUGGCCCAUCACAGCCCAAUCCCAAGCCACACCUACACGACUUCUUCAAAUAG